AUGACUCCUUUCAGCCAUGUUGAUACGGGCGAACCUGUCGAAACGCCAGUCCAUUCGCAACAGCCGCAUUUCUUCAAUUUACCAUUGAGUUUGCGCAAGAAAAUAUACCAUUUCACCCUUGUUCCUGGGCGAGUCUUUAUCAAGCCGUUCGUCCCAACGCGCUACAAGCCAGGGAACAACGCACAGAAAAAGUACGACGCGCCGAAUCUUGUCAUUUUGCGCGUUUGCAAGCAAAUCUACGAGGAAGCCAUUGUCGAGUUCUACCGGGAAAAUACCUUUUCGAUCGUCACCCCGGAUCUUCUCCUCUACGCCAUCCAGCGAUACCCGCGACUCAGUGAGAAUAUCAGAUAUAUUCGCAGUGUAGAGGUUAUCUUUGAUAUAUGCGACUUCCGAUAUCUUACAAGUGUAUUCAGCACGCAGUUGGCAAUGAUGGAGCAAGUGAUCACGCGUCAAGACAAUUUCUCAGCAGUGAGACCUAUGGCAAAGCAGAUAUCGGCCCUUCGCGCACGUCUCGUUGGCGCUGAGGACCACACUGUGGGAAUGAACCUGAACAAUAUCGAGUGUGAUGAAAGGAAUACGGGCGAAGAUGACGACAUCAAUCAUCAGAGAUAUCAGGACAAGGAACAAGCCCGGCAGGUCAGACGAGAUGAAGCGCAACUACAAGUCCAAGCUCAGAUACGGGCACUCUCCUCAGGCUAUACGACAAAUACCGCGUUUAGCAUUACUCAUAACACAGAGCACGAGACCGAUAUGAAAAUGUUGAACGAUAUCCUUUGGGGUCGCACGCUGAGUUUCAUCCGUCAAUACCUAGGCCUUGCACAUAUAUCCCUGGAUUUCAAGCACUGUGUCUGUGCCGCUGGCUGCUGUCGCCUCGCUGAUCAGGUUAUGAAAUGGGGGGCCACCAAACACUUCCGCUUUGGGCUACCUAGUUAUCUGUCCAUCAGUGGAGCAACUGAAGAUGAACGUGGGGAAAUUGUCGCACAGAUGCUUAGCGCAGAAGAUAAUGGCAACAAGCCUAAGGAGGGCCGGCAAGGUAAAGACGGUUGUGGAGUUGGGGUUGACAAUCGACAUGAUACAAAAAAAGAACUCGAAAGGGCCGCUGGCAGGGUCGUACAGCUGGAGAUGGCCAGGGAAAUAGAGAAAGCGAUGAAGAAGCAAAUCCUGGGCCUGCUAAAGGGUAGGGAGAAGAAAAAGGAUCGAAAUAAUAAUAAAAAAGCCUUGGACAACGCUUCACAAAAAACGCGGCUUGACGGAAAGAAGUGA